ACAGAACCGUUUUUUUCCCCUUCUUAUUGUUGUUCAAUUCAAUUCCUCGCCGAGUUUUCGUUCAGUUGGCGACUGGCGACUUCACUUGCUACAAGUCGUCGCCGUUGAUCCACGCGCCGGUGACCUUCCUUGUUGAUUUUACGGCACUGUUUUGGUACAGUAAACUCGUUCCUUCUUCGAUCUAAGAUUUCUCGAUAAAGUGAGCGAAAACCGACACUUUGAAAUCUCGCUUUGCUUUGUUCGAUUUGAGCUGUGACUUUGGUUCUUCAGAGAGAAGGGAGCCACAUAUAGAAAUCAUUUUUAUGGUGUGCCGAUGAGCAGAACUGAUGUUAUUGGCAGUAGAAGGAGGAGGAUUCUUCUCUGCUUCGGCUUCAGGGUAUACUAAGGGCCUGAGCCUUCUCCUUUUGGGUCAGAGGAAUGAGGAUAAACCCAUGAGAGUUGCGCCGUGGAACCAGUACCAGUUGGUAGACCAAGAAUCUGAUCCCGAGCUCCAGCUGGCUUCCACAAAGAACCGCCUCUCCCGCGGGUGUGCCUCCUUUGUUUGCUUUGGUCGCACUUCCGCAGGGCUUGAUACUCCAUCUCAUCUUAAAGUGGGCCCUGCCCAACAGCAUGAUGUCUCACCAGGGCCAUUGGUUUCCAACAAGGGAAAGGAUCCUUCUGCACAUGUAGAUGAUGAAAAUGAUAACAGAAAGGUUACACUUAAAAGUAGCAUAAAAAAGCCACAAAUUAAUAAAUCAGUUCCUGUUGAGGCUACUAAUGAGCACGAAGCAUCAGGUGGGCAGGGGAUUUGUACUCCUGGUGGUCAAGCAGAAAGAAGGAAAGUGCAGUGGACAGAUAAUUGUGGUAGUGAGCUUGUUGAAAUACGAGAAUUUGAGCCCAGUGAGGUGGAUGGAUCGGAUGAUGAAUUUGAUAGUGGAAAUGACAGAACUUGUUCCUGUGCGAUUAUGUAAAUUGGAGUUUCAUUAAGAUGACAGGCUCAUUCAUCGGAUCAAUCACAGCUAACACAAUCCUACUCGGUUUGAAGCAAGAGAAGCAAAGAUUUUUCAGUCCUGUGGAGAUAUAUACACCAACAUUUUAUCUGAGUGAUUGAUUCUGUCAUUGCUUGCUGCGGCUUUAAAUUUUGCACCUCUGCUCCUCAUCAAUUUGUAUAAUUCUUGUCAUGUGUGAAUUCUUUUGCCUUUGAUUCAUAAUUUUUAUGGUACUUUAUGUUCCUAUUUUUAUAUGGAUUAACAAAGGUUUCGUUCUAUGCACUGGCGUUAUCUUGAAGGAAGAUAAUACAAAUGUAAGAUUUUGUAAAAAUCAGUGUGGCUUCCUGGUAACAAACUUGUGAUGAGACUAGGAUUUGUUAAGGAGGUUUAUAUGUUAAAAAGUAUAAAAAUCUCGUGUUCGUGCGAUUCCUUUAUAGGCUGUUGAUUGUUUGGGAUCGCUUACUCUGGUUAAAAAUUAACAAAUCUUUUUAAC